UUGGACAGUGCGGUUCGUUCGUUUUUGGACUCGGGUUCGGGCGAGAUCUUGAGAAAAAGUGAAAAAAAAAACGCCGGAACUGCGGCCCAAACCAGUUUUGGCAAAGUGAACACAACAACAAUAGCAGCCAAAACGCAUGCAAGUGACGAAACGACCUUAAGCAAGGGAAAGAUAAAAUUAAAAAUAAAAUACUUGGCUUAAAAAUAAUAAAAUAUCUAAAGGAUUGAGAGAGUCGGUGACGCAGCCACUCGUAAAACAAAAAAAAAAAAACCCAAAAUGCUGUUGCGUUGCUUGAGGAGUGAAUAAGCUUUAUAGGAAAUCGGAGCCGGAGAUACCAGUAUCGAUCAAUUAAACAACAGGGUUUACGUGGCUAGGCAGCGAUCUGAGACACAAAAAGGCAGAAAUGACAUUGAGCAACAAAAGCGGUAGCAACAAUGUUCUUUGUCUGCGACUGCAACGGAUACUACACCUUUUCCUGAUUUUCCUCACCUGCUCCACCCUGCUCCCCUUUGCCUUGGCCGAGGGCGAGGAGGAGGAUGGUCCAUAUCGUGGGCAGUAUUUGGGCAAACUCAACUCCUACCAUCACCAAGUGUCCGGGGAUGUGUACGCCGUCAACGAGUACACCUUCCUGAUUGUGGGCUUUAACUAUGACGGUAACGGGGCGGACACGUUCUUCUGGUCGGGAGCCAGCAACCGGCCAGGGCCGCAGGGCUUCAUUGUCCCGGAUGAACAUGGCAGAACCAACAUCCUGGAUCGCUACCACAACAAGGACUUCACCUUAACGCUGCCAGACCGGAAGAAGAUAACCGAAAUCAAGUGGCUGGCCGUCUACGAUCUCAGCAGCCAGAACAACUUUGGGGAUGUGUACAUUCCCGAGGAGUUUGAGCCGCCCAAGACCCAGGUGGGCGGAACCUUCUCCCGCCGCAGUCACAAUGUGAGCAGCAGCAGCAUCGAGAUCCUGGACUCGAAGACCAUUCGGAUCAAGGACUUCACCUACGAUGGGCUCGGCAAGAGGACCUUCUUCUGGACCGGAGUGGGAGCGCAGCCGUCGAGUCGGGGCAGUAAGCUGCCGGAUGAAAGGGGAUACCUGGAUCCCAUUCGCCAGUACAACAAGGAGACCAUUGAGCUGGAGCUGCCGGGUGACAAAACCAUCUUCGACAUUGACUGGAUCAGUGUUUAUGAUGUGGCGGACAGUGAGAACUAUGGCCAUGUGCUGAUCAACGAGCGCUUGAAUGUCCCACCUUCUCUGGUCAAGAUUACGCCCUUCGAGUUCUCAUUGCCCAACUGCCGGCAGCUGCACAAGGAUCUGCAGGUGUCCUGGGAGGUGUUUGGGCCGCAGAUCACAUUCCAGCUAUCCGGACAGGUGGCGGCCAACGAUUACAUGUCCUUUGGCAUAUCCGGAUCGGAUACAUCCAGCCAAAUGAUCGGCUCGGAUGUGGUGGUUGCCUAUAUAGACGAAAUCCGAGGCUACACCAUCGACUAUAAUAUCACCUCGUUGGCCCCCUGUGUUCAGGUUUUGGGCCAGAACAAGGGUGUUUGCCGGGAUGAUGUAGUUGGAGGGUUGGACAGCUUCCAGCUGAACACCUACAGCCGCAAGGAUGGUAUCAACACUAUCAGCUUCAGGAGAACCCUAAAGUCAUCUGACGAUGGCGACAAGGAGAUCUUCCUGGACCGCAGCAACUAUGUCGUGUGGGCCUUUGGCCAAUUGGACUCCAACAAUGAGCCAGCAUUCCACACUCACUAUCCCAAAAGUGAUAUAUUAAUCGAUUUCAAUACCACGGAGCCCGUUAACGAUUGCUUUGCCUUCACCAAAAGCGUAGAGAUGCCUCCACCAUUGUGGGAGCGCACCAGGAUCACUGAUGCAACGGUUCGUACCUUCAACGCCUACUUGGGACCCUCAGGAGGCUUGCGGGGCUAUCAAGGACUGACUGGCCAUGUCUCCAGUGGCCUGGCCUGGUACAUCAAUGGCUAUAUGAUACCGGAACUGUACCUUAAGAGGGGUCUGACAUACACGUUUAAGGUCAGAGGCGGCAACAAUCCCCACUCCCCGGAGCACUAUCAUCCCCUGGUGAUCACCGACGAUCCUCAAGGCGGCUACGAUCGCUUGUCGGACGCCAAGCAGAGCGAGGUUCGUGUUCUGGCCGGAGUGGAGUUCACCAGGCGGGGAAGACCCAAGCCCACGGCAGCCGGGCCCCUUUGCCUCUCCAGAUAUCCCCCGAAAUACGAUCGCCGGUUGGACGACAACUUCGCCACCUUCAAGAAGUUCAAUCGGUCGCUGAUCACCGAGUGCGUGGACGAGCCCCCUGCCCUGCUGGAAAUCACGCCAAACAUAACCUGGCCGGAUACUGUCUACUACAAUUCCUUCACCCACGGGAACAUGGGCUGGAAGAUCCACAUCGUGGACAGUUACAAUAACCUGAGGAGUGUGGCAUCAUCCGCCACAUCCCUGUCCUUGUCCAUUGUCCUGCUGGCCUUGUGCUCCCUACUCCAGUACUGACUGUUUGCAUAGUUAGGUUCUACUCUUAAUCACAUAUUUAGUGUCGUAGUCUAUAUUAAGCAGUCACAAUAUAUGAUGCUCAGAUGUGUAUAUUAUUAUUAAAGAAUGUAUUUAUUUUAAAAGCAAAAUAAUACGA